GAAAAUAUUGUUUCGGUUUGGAUUUCACUAUCAUAAUCUAAAUUUAACGGUCCACAACAAUUUUGACCCCAAAAAGGGAUCCACAAUAAUAAUUAAUCCGUAAUCCCAAAAUUAUCUUUAAAAAUUGCUUUCACACAUAUUUAACAAAUUGAUCUGAUAAAACUUAUUAUAUCAUGCCGUCUAUCGUCAUUCUAGAAUAAACCACAUUUGAAGCAGCAGAGCAGUCAAAUAGAGAUAAUGCACCAUGUCCUGUUGAUUGUAACCAAAAAAUUUCUUGGAUUGGCUAUAUAUUUAUUAUAUAUAACAUGGUGGUCAAUAAGUGACUGAAUUUUUGAGAAUUAGAAGACUAAGGUUACAGAAAUAAGAGAAUAGUGACAGAAGAUUUUAGAGAAUUGCACAGACCUGAUGAUGUAUACCAUUACCAAUAACAUAAAAGCAGCAUAUUUAAGUGGUUAUAAUGAAUUAAUGGUGUCUAGCUACUUGUAGGCUUCUUUAUUUGCUCUGUUUGUCACUCACUUUUACUAUCCAAUUGUCUUUGUUUUUUUUUUUAAAUGAAUUUCUAUUUAUUGCGCCGAACCAAAACCAUUUAUUAUUUGAGGUGGCGCCGUGGCGGAGAAGUUUACAUUAUUUAUUUGGGUCGCAGUCUCGCAGACUUCUGUUAUCUAACGUUUCUGAAAUUUAAUGUUAGUUUUUCUUUUAGUAUUGAUUAGAGCAAAUGAUAAAUCACUCAUUUUAAUGGAGUUUUGGAAUGGAUUGGUGAAAGAGCAUGACAAAAUUUUAAUGAGUAAUGUGAAUACUUAAUGUCAUAUACAAUAAUUCAGUUUUAAAUAUUUACAUAUUUAUCUACGUAUACAUUCUUUCAAAUAUCACCAUAACUAGAACUGAAUUCAAAAUUUUCUUUAUGGGCUGAAGUCUAAACUGUUCCACCUUUCUGCAACAAUUGGAUUUCAUUACUCGUCACACACUCUUCACCAAAUAUUAUUCUGAGGGAGUUUUGUUUUGAUAAAUGUUGAUGACAUUAUCGCAAGCAAUAUCGAUACAAAAAAAGAAAAAAUGAAGAGACAUGUAACAACUAAAAAAAGCUAAAGCGCACACGAGUGUGAAAGGUCAAGCGAGUGGAUAGUACCAGCAAAAAUGAGCGAUUAGAAACUUAUUAGCAUAAACUGUUUUAAAUUUUAUUUUUAAUCGCCAAACCACUAAUAUAUAGAAACGAUCAUACAUCAAAGCUAAGAAACGAAUCUACUUUACUUUCUAUCUUUUAAACCAAACAAUUUUAAAAUAAUAAGUAGAGAUUAAAAAGAAGAAAACAUUUUAUAAGCUUGAAGGGUGUCAUGAUCACUACCUUUCAAGAAAGUUGCACAAAUAUUUAUGUUAUAGAUUCGUUUUCGUUCAUUGGCUGAUGGAUUCACAUACAAAAGUGAUCGACGUUGCUCUACAUGUGCCUCUCAUGUCCAAAUUCCAUUUUCUUAUAAACCUUUAUUAAUCUUGUUUCUUCCACUUUCUUCUCUCUUUCUACUUCUCUUAUAGUCUUUAACAAGAGCACCAAGCUUUUUUUUUGUCAUUACAUUUUAUCGUAUAUAUUCAAAGUAUCAUCCACAAGAGCUAUCUCACUGUAAUAUAUUCAAAGUACAUUUUCUUGUAUAUAUUCAAAGCUUCUUCAUUGGAGAAGACCGACCAUUCGAGCGAGACCUGAAAGAGAUUGAUUGAUCGCUUCAUGGAAUUAUUUUGAGAUAAGAGGUUCUUAGGGUUUUGUGGUUGUAUCCAACGAUGGAAGGGGAAGAAGACACCAAGGCGGGUUCUGGCGUGCCAUCAAAGAAAAUGGCGAAACAGCUAACCGGAAAACGCGAAGACACUCUGCUUCAUUCAGCCGUGAGAAGCGGAAACAAAGACAAAGUUGUUGAGAUUCUUAUGAAAACCAGAGAGUCUGAGUUGAAUGAGCUGUUGGGGAAACAAAACCAAUCAGGCGAAACCGCACUCUAUGUUGCAGCAGAGUAUGGUUACGUAGAUAUUGUCAAGGAGAUGAUCAACUGCUAUGAUCUUGCUCUCGUUGAGAUCAAAGCAAGGAACGGAUUUGAUGCUUUCCACAUUGCUGCAAAGCAAGGAGAUCUCGAUGUGUUGAAGGUUUUAGCAGAGGCUCAUUCAGAGCUAGCGAUGACUGUGGAUCUAUCGAAUACAACAGCAUUGCACACAGCGGCAACACAAGGACACACUGAAGUGGUUAACUUUCUGUUGGAAUUGGGAAGCAGCCUUGCUGGAAUUGCCAAGAGCAACGGUAAGACGGCCCUGCACUCUGCAUCAAGGAACGGGCAUGUCAAAGUCAUUAAGGCUCUCUUGGCAUCCGAACCCGCGAUCGCAAUAAGGAUGGACAAGAAGGGCCAAACAGCCCUUCACAUGGCGGUUAAAGGAACAAAUGUUGAGGUCGUGGAGGAGCUUAUCAAAGCGGAUAGGUCUUCUAUCAAUAUAGCCGACACGAAGGGAAACACAGCGUUGCACAUUGCAGCCCGAAAAGGCAGAUCUCAGAUUGUUAAGUUGCUAUUAGCCAACAACAUGACAGACACAAAAGCUGUUAACCGAUCAGGCGAAACCGCACUUGACACAGCAGAGAAAAUUGGGAAUCCAGAAGUGGCUCUUAUCUUACAGAAACAUGGUGUUCCCAGCGCCAAAACCAUUAAGCCAUCUGGGCCUAACCCUGCUCGGGAGCUGAAACAAACCGUAAGCGAUAUCAAGCAUGAGGUUCACAACCAGCUUGAGCACACACGUCUGACCAGAAAACGUGUUCAAGGAAUUGCCAAACAGCUUAACAAAAUGCACACAGAAGGUCUUAACAAUGCAAUAAACUCGACUACUGUUGUAGCUGUUCUUAUUGCUACGGUUGCUUUUGCAGCAAUUUUCACUGUCCCGGGGCAGUAUGUAGAAGACACAAGUAAAAUUCCAGAUGGACAUUCCCUUGGGGAGGCGAAUAUUGCAUCGACGACUCCGUUCAUAAUAUUCUUCAUCUUUGAUUCGAUCGCACUCUUCAUCUCCUUAGCGGUCGUGGUGGUUCAGACAUCAGUGGUGGUAAUAGAGAGCAAGGCCAAGAAACAGAUGAUGGCUGUGAUAAACAAACUCAUGUGGCUUGCCUGUGUUCUCAUCUCUGUUGCCUUUUUGGCUUUGUCGUUUGUUGUUGUUGGUGAAGAAGAGAAGUGGUUAGCCAUUGGGGUGACUGCUAUUGGGGCAACUAUAAUGAUCACGACGUUAGGGACGAUGUGCUACUGGAUAAUACAGCACAAGAUCGAAGCUGCCAAUUUAAGAAACAUUAGAAGAUCCUCCAACAGUAAAUCUGGACCCUGGGGGAUUCCCCAGCUUACGGAUUCUGAUAUUCUCCAGAACGAGUGUAAGAAAAUGUACGCAAUCUGACUUUGACGAUACUCGAUCCGUUUUCACAUUUAUGUACACGGCAAGAACUUGAUGUACCUUUUUCUGACUUGAUUCAAUGAGUUGAUCCGGGUGAGGCACUGGUA